CAAAAAGUCAAUUUCAACACCUCAACUUCUCUUGUAACCUUUUACUCUGCACAUGUGUAAUACUCAAAACACCAAUUCUUUCAAUUCUCUAUAGUUACUCUGUUAUACUCUACCCUAGGUAUACUAUAUACUUUAUACUCUAUAACACUACCCAAGAGUCAACAAUAUUUGUCACUGGUAACCAGCUGUUAACAGGUACAUAAUAGUAUUAUUCAUCGUCCUUUAACCAUGCCGUUAUGCCAAGGUCAUCAAUGCAACACUUUUAAUAAUAACAACUAUCCACAUGGAUAAUACAACCCAAGACUCCAGGCCUGUUGGCUCGUUGGUCUGUUGGUUUUUUGUGCGGCUUACAUACCUAUUUAUGGACGUAGAAAUGGCACAGGGGAUGAGCCUAUAUGGCACAGCUCCAAUAGUAUUAGCAUGCUGAGGAAAGCAGGAUACGAUUCUUCCAUCUAUUCUCUAUUCCACUGUCGCUGUCGCGUUUUUACCAACCUGAAAAGAUAAAAACUCGUCAAAUAACCAGGUAGCGAUGCGUUUGCAAGAUGUGACAUGGUUGUUAUCAUUGGCCAGCAUGCCUAUCGGGCAUGCGAUUGGCAAAUCUUGUCCCAAUUACUCUAGCUUUUCUCAAUCACGAAACCCACCCCUAUCGUCCGGGGCUUACAAGCUCGCAUCUCAGCGACCGGCCCCAGAAUGCCGCACCUUCAACUCAACCCUGGUGGAGGACGCCAUUAAGCAGCUAAAGGAUAAGAUCUACGAUGAGGAGCUAUUCCGCCUUUUCGAGAACACAUUCCCGAAUACCCUCGACACGGCCGUCAAAUGGCAAGGGGUUGCUGCCAACAACUCCGCCGAGGAGCUAGCCUUUGUCAUUACCGGGGAUAUAAACGCCAUGUGGAUUAGGGACUCGGCAAACCAGAUCGCGCCCUAUAAAACUGUACUGAAGGAUAAGAAAGAUGACAUCGCCUCGCUGUUCCGUGGUGUUAUCAACUUGCAGGCCCGAUACCUCAUCAUAUCCCCCUAUUGCAAUGCCUUCCAGCCCCCACCCGAGUCGAGCAUGCGCCCGGACCAGAACGGCGGCAUCUACGCCGUCACGCCAUCGUACGAUCGCAAUAUAGUCUACACUUGCAACUUCGAGCUCGACGACUUUGGAGGCUUCCUGCAGCUUUCGCACGAUUACUACACUGCUACCGGCGAUGUUGAAUUCUUCGGCAAAUUCCAGUGGAUUUCCGCGGUACAGUCGAUUCUUGCCGCGUCGGAGGAGAUGAGGAAGCCUACCUAUGGACCCGACGGAGUAUGGAUCAGGCCCGCGUACACAUUUCAGUCGCAGACCAUGUCGGGCUCGGGCACGUUAGGGAAUAAUGGCAUAGGGAGCCCCGUCAACGAAACAGGUAUGGUGCGGUCUCCAUUCAGGCCCAGCGACGACGCCGCCGCGUUCGACUUUUCCAUUCCGGCGAAUAUGAUGUUGGCAAGGUACCUAGAAUCGACUUCGAAGAUCAUGGAACGACUACCGAACGCACCAAAGGAGUUAACACGCCAAAUGCGAGAUAUGGCCAGCGGGAUUAAGGAUGCCAUCAGCCACUGGGGAAUUGUGAAAGCACCGAACGGCAAACAGAUAUUCGCUUACGAAGUAGACGGCUUCGGUGGCCAGAACCUGAUGGACGAUGCGAAUAUUCCCUCGCUGCUCUCGGCGCCAUUCCUCGGGUACCUGGAUAAAAAGGACCCCGUCUAUCAAAACACGCGAGACUUCGUUCUCAGCAGAAGCAAUCCGUGGUGGUGCUCUGGCCCGUAUAUCAACGCCAUCGGGAGCCCGCACAUUAGGCCUGGAAUGGCGUGGCCCAUGUCCAGCAUCAUGCGAGCAAUGACCACCGACAACGACGAAGAAAUCAUCACAGCCGUCAAGGACGUGCUACGCAGCACCGACGGGUUCGGGCUCAUCCACGAAAGCGUCGACACCCACGACCCCAGCCAAUGGACCAGGCAAUGGUUCACCUGGGCAAACGGCCUCUUCGGCCAGCUGAUCAUGGACCUGGCGGACAGGAAGCCCGCCAUACUUCGGGAGAAUUUCCAGCCUUUCUUCAUCAACAAGGACUGAAAGGGACUGACUAAAGACGCUUCAUGUUUGAAUCUGUUGCAACGCGUUAUUGUUAUCAUAGAUACCUACCUACCUACCUGACUAGUUAGGUAACACUCUUAUAAUGAAUGAGCUCUUUUUUUUUCUU